CCACGGACGCAAGCGGCACCUCAAACAAGAAGUAGAAGAAGAAAGCUACUUCCUUUUCCGCCACAGCUCCGGCGCCUGUAACACGAGUGUUCAUCUUUUCUCUCUUUGAGGCGACGCAGAGAACAAACCGGACAGAGUGGCAGCUCACAGCCGGUAACAAUGAGACCCAUCCUGCUGCAGGGCCACGAGAGGUCCAUCACCCAAAUCAAGUACAACAGGGAGGGAGACCUGCUGUUCUCAGUAGCUAAAGACACGGUUACCAACGUGUGGUACUCUGUCAAUGGCGAGAGGCUGGGCACCUACAAUGGACACACAGGAGCUGUGUGGUGUGUCGACUGUGACUGGGACACUAAAAACGUUUUGACAGGAUCAGCCGACAACAGCUGUCGACUGUGGGACUGCCAGACCGGUAAACAGCUGGCUCUGCUCCAGACCAACUCUGCUGUCAGGACGUGCGGCUUCGACUUCAGCGGCAACAUCAUCAUGUUCUCCACAGACAAGCAGAUGGGUUACCAGUGUUUCCUGAACUUCUUCGACCUGAGGGAUCCACAGCAGAUCGAGGACAACCAGCCGUACCUGUCGCUACCCUGCAACGAUCACAAGAUCACCAGUGCAGUGUGGGGGCCUCUGGGAGAGUUCGUCAUCGCUGGUCACGAGAACGGAGAGUUCAACCAGUUCAGCGCCAAGUCUGGAGAGAUCCUGAAGAAGGCCAAGGAGCACACCAAACAGAUCAAUGACAUCCAGACAUCUGUGGACCUCACAAUGUUCGUCAGUGCCUCAAAAGACAACAGCGCCAAGCUCUUUGACUCCGCUACUCUCGACCACAUCAAGACGUUCAAGACAGAGAGAAAUGUCAACUCUGCUGCCAUCUCCCCCAUUAUGGAUCAUGUGGUGAUGGGAGGUGGGCAGGAAGCCAUGGAGGUCACCACGACCUCCACCAGGAUUGGCAAGUUUGAGGCCAGGUUCUUCCACGCUGCCUAUGAGGAGGAGUUUGGCAGAGUCAAAGGACAUUUCGGCCCCAUCAACUGUGUGGCGUUCCACCCCGAUGGCAAGAGUUACAGCAGUGGAGGAGAGGACGGAUACGUAAGGAUUCAUUACUUUGACCCACAGUACUUUGACUUUGAACUGGAGGCAUAAGAAGAAUCAGGCUCCUCGACUCCACAGCUCCAACCACCGCAACACUCGGCCCAGUCAGGAAGAGGGAGGUCGCCGGUCACAAGAGCUAUUUGACUGCUUCUCAGUUAAGAGUGUGGUGUGUUUUUAAAAGGCUGUUUUUUGUAAUAACACUUGGAAACUGUCUCGGUGAUAUCAGAAGCAUAAGAGUAAAAACUUUUGUAUCCUUGAUCUGCAACGUUUAGCGUGACUGGACUUUAAGCCACACCCCCUGAUUCCGAACUUUGUUUAAUCUGCUUCUACAACCGAGUAGAAUUUGACUUAUUAACACUGUUGUAAGCCAUUCCACCAUGAAUCACCAUAAAAAUUACCUAUUGAA